UCUCAUCGUAAUCUGAUCGUUCGGCCAUAUGGCCGAACGUUCAUAUUACUCCCGAUAUAGCCAUGCCCGUUAGUGGCAUAUUGGGGAAAGAUCGGCUCGUUUGGCGAUGCCACUCCCCCAGUUUAUGGCCUCACCAGAAGACAAACUAUAAAUGUAAAUAGUUCUGCCAUGAGUUUUGCCACUUGCCCAAGAUUUUUUAUUUUUUCCCACUCUAGUUCAGUCAGUUCUAAGUAUAUCUAGGCUGUGCUGUAAAUGAGCAUCGGAGAUUAAGGAUGACUGAGCUUCUAUAGAUAUAGGGGUUGGAUUCCUCCUGCUUGUUUGCCAAAAAGGAAAACAGGUUGAACAACAUUCAGAGAUUGACUGAUUCACUCGGUCCUGUCAUGGCAAUGUAGGACGGAUAAGGAGAAUUACAUACUUAUAUGUAUACACCCUGCUGUCCCUCACUAUUGCUUGGCUUCCCAAACGUGACACAGCCGGAGACAACCCAGGGAUCCUCUAAGCAAACACCAAAGGUCAAGCCACAGCCAUGUCUAAUGAGGAAGGCAGCAAAGAGACCCCACCACCACCACCUAAUGAGUGUCCUGUGUGUUAUGAGCAGCUGCAGAGUCCGAGCUCACAGAGAAAGCUGACCUGUGGCCAUUCAUUCUGCCAUGACUGUCUAGUGAAAUAUCUACUGACGGCCAAGCAGGAAGGUUCCGUCAAGAAGAACAUCAUCUGCCCCCUGUGCCGCUAUGUGACCUUCCUCAACAAGGGGGGACUCAUUUUGCCUCCCAAAUCAGGGGAACUCCACCAGAUCCUGGAAGUACCAAUCUCCCCCUCCUGCCAGAGACACUGCGAGGGUGCCAGGAACCCCAACACAGUGGUGAUCCCCAUCACUGAAACCGAAGAGAGAACAGAGGAACCUGAAUUUCCAGCAUGCACGUGUCAGACUGCCAUUAGCCCAGAAGGCCUCAGCACCUCUUUUGGGUCUCAAGUUUUUAUCAUCAGCGACCAAGGACAGCCUCUGGAGAGCGAGGAGGUUAACCCUGCCCAGUCAAUCAUAUUGAACACACGUGACAAUGUCUGCCGCUCUCCAGUAUUAAUAGUCAUCCUCCUAUUGAUACUUGUAGUGGCUAUUAUGGCAGCUGUAUUGCCAUGGAUUUUGUUGUCCAAAAAAGUUUGAUGGAACGUUUGUGGUUCAGUGGUGACUUUGCUUUAUCCCAAAUGGAAGUUCCUUGAGAUCUUGGUGUGUUCUUCUUUGGGAAACAGUGGCUAUCUAUAUCACAGAGAGGCAACUAUUAGUGAACCACCUCUUAACAACUCCCAACAGUCACAUGGCCAGCACCGAUGGUUAAUGUUUGUACAACAUGUUAAAAAACAGCUUCUCCCAUCAUGCUCAGCACCUGUAGGGUAUUUGCUAUGAAUUGCGCCACUUAGUCCCUUAGUGACGCAAAUAUGAUCCAGUGCGCUGCGCAGAGCAAAGUGUCAGCGAAUGGAAGCCAGCCCUCUCCUGGCAUGUGGUCAAUAUAGGGCCCUGUUCUCCACUUCUAUGCAAGUUAGGGGGUGGGAGAGGGGACUCCCUUCUACCCUCCCACUCCUGUCCCUCAUAAAUACAGUGCUGCAUUUAUUGGAGGGCUGAAAGUCUCUAUGCUCAGAAACAGAAGGAAGCAAAGUGCCAAAAUAUGCUCAUAAAUGAUAAUUACAAUUUCCCCCAACCUGUAGCAUUACCAGCAUCACCUUGUCUUCGUAUACACACAGAGAGAAAUCAAUAUGACAGCUCCACAACAUGAGUUCUGUUGAACUCUUUCCAAACUGUGGCGCUGCCGCACCAGCUUUUAAUAACUGUGAAAUGUAAAGACAUUUAUUUUAUACUUUUAUAUUAUGGGGUGAAGGCACUUUAUGUUCUGAAAGAAGUGAAAGUAAAGUGAAUUGUGAAAGUAAA